CUCUGCUGCCACCGUCUUCCCUGUCGCUGAUCUCUUGUCUUUGUAUAUCUUGUCGUCGUGCUGUUUUUUUAGUAGUUCAGCUUAGACCUGUUGUAGAUAGAGAAAGAGUAAGAACGAAGAAAGACAUCCGAACAGAACGAACUCGGGCACGCGAUGGGCAAUGUUUUGACGCGUCUCGUGGCGCGGCUGUUUGGGUCGAAAGAGAUUCGAGUCUUGAUGCUCGGGCUUGAUGCUGCAGGGAAAACCACUAUUCUAUCACGUCUCAAACUAGGUGAAGCUGUAUCAACCGUGCCUACCGUCGGCUUCAACGUCGAAUCAGUAGCCUUCCGCAACGUCAAAUUCAACGUCUGGGACGUCGGCGGCCAAGACAAAAUCCGCCCGCUCUGGCGCCACUACUUCACCGGCACGCAGGCACUAAUCUACGUCAUCGACAGCAGCGACACCGCCCGCCUGCCCGAAUCCAAGCAAGAACUCGUGCGCAUCCUCUCCGACCGCGAGAUGAAAAACUGCCUUGUGCUGGUGCUCGCCAACAAGCAGGACUCGCAGGGCGCGCUUGCUCCCGAGGCUAUCUCGGAGCAGUUCGAGCUCUCGGGUUUGCUUUCGAAACGGGGCAAGCCGUGGACGAUUUUGCCGGUCGAGGCCAAGACUGGCAAGGGAUUGAACGACGGACUGGCUUGGAUUGAAGCAAACCUGCCAAAAUAAUUACCAUCCCGCCGUCGUCCUCCUCCACACUCGCCCACCUGCCCAGCCCGGUCGUGCUUGGCGCUAUUCCGCAGCGAAACAUUCUCACAUCUCUCGACAGCACAGCCACUAGCUGCCCAAGACCAAGAGACUUACAAGUUCCUAAGACCUCCAUCUCAACUAUUCUCUCAACAUCAAUACACAAUAUCUCUCGACAUAUAUCAAAGACAACGUGCCUUUCUUCCUACGCUACUCAACCCUUUCUCUUUCUCAUUCAAUAAUCAGUUCUACUCUGGCGUUUCCGUUUCCUCUUCUUUCUGUAUCGUCUCAGACAGAUCACUACAUAUAAUGCUAUUUCUCUUUUUGUACAUUAUUUACCUACUACACAA